AUGGCCGCUCCUCCUCCUCCAAAGGAACGAGCUUAUGGUGUCACUAACAUAAAAUCACACAUCCCCAUCACUCUUGAUCUCAGUGAUCAUAAUUAUGAUGCAUGGAGAGAGCUCUUCAUGACUCACUGUCUUUCUUUUGAUGUCCUUGGCAACCUCGACGGUACCGUGUUCCCAAACGGUGAUAACGACACGGCUUGGCUCAAAAGGGAUGGUCUUGUCAAACUCUGGAUCUAUGGCACACUAGCUCAACCUCUCUUCCGCUCCUCUUUCAAACCUGGUGGAUCUGCACAUGACGUCUGGAUCCGUAUAGAAAACCAAUUCCGCAACAACAAAGAGGCUAGAGCCAUAGCUCUUGACAACGAACUCAGAAUCACCGAAAUCGGUGACAUGGCUAUUCAAGAGUACUGUCAAAAGAUCAAGUCUUUGGUUGAUCUCCUCUCGAAUGUAGAUGCUCCAGUCAAUGAGAGAACUAUUGUUAUGUACCUACUCAACGGUCUUAACGAGAAAUACAAUAACAUCAUCAACGUUAUCAAACACAAGGAACCAUUUCCCUCAUUUGACAACGCUAAGUCAAUGCUUGAGAUGGAAGAAAAUCGCUUGAAGAAACCACGCCGGGCCACUGCUUCACACACGGAUAAAGCUUCCUCUUCUUCAGCACUCACGGUAUCAGACUCAACGAACCAGCAACAGAGGCCUCAGUCGACGAAGUCUAACCACAACAACAACAACAGAGGAAAUCGCAGGUUCAAUAACCGUGGCAGAGGAAACAGAGGAAACAAUCAAAGGAACUACUUUCAGAACUGGCCCCAAAGCAAUAACUGGAACGCACCAUUCAUUUCAUGGCCACCACAAUUCAUCAAUUGGAACCCAUACACUCAGGCUCCAACCUACCGUGGUCCUCAAGCUCAACCACUCGCCGUCCCACAACAACAACGUUAA